GUCAGUCAGCACUAAAAUGCUAUCCGGUUAGAUUUCCCCGUCAACGGGUUGUGCCAAAACUGUGCUCUCUGCGCCUUGCUUCCUCUCCACAGCACGAACACGGACGAAAAGAACACCAUGUUAUCCAGAUUUAAAGACGCUACAUUUCAGCAGUGAAAAGAGGAGGGAGAGACGGAGGAGAGUGAACGAACAACAUAGGCUAGAAAGGUACUCGGAGAAGAGAGAAUCCCACCGACCAUCUGCGUGAGGCGAGAGAGAGGAGGAGGAGGCCAAAGGGAGAGCAGCAGCAGACUGCGCUUUGGAAUAACCUACGGUUUGAUUUGAGAGGAGAAUUUUGAAUUGUAUUUAUUAUUCUGCGAGACGUUUUACUAAAUUCCCACAAAAUGUCAUCUUCUGGCAAAGACAACAGCGCACACUAUAUGAACUAUGUGGGACCUUAUCGUUUGGAAAAGACCCUCGGCAAAGGACAGACAGGCCUGGUGAAGCUGGGAAUCCACUGUGUCACGUGUCAGAAAGUGGCCAUCAAGAUCGUCAACAGGGAGAAACUCAGCGAGUCUGUCCUCAUGAAGGUGGAGCGAGAGAUAGCCAUUCUGAAACUCAUAGAGCACCCUCACGUUUUAAAGUUGCACGACGUCUACGAAAACAAGAAAUACUUGUAUCUGGUGCUAGAGCACGUGUCAGGGGGAGAGCUGUUUGACUACCUGGUCAAGAAGGGACGGUUAACGCCCAAGGAGGCCAGGAAGUUCUUCCGACAGAUCAUCUCAGCUCUGGACUUCUGCCACAGUCACUCCAUAUGUCACAGAGAUCUGAAGCCAGAGAACCUGUUGUUAGAUGAAAAGAACAACAUCAGGAUAGCAGACUUUGGCAUGGCGUCUCUGCAGGUCGGGGAUAGUCUGCUGGAGACCAGCUGCGGAUCUCCUCACUAUGCCUGCCCAGAGGUCAUAAGGGGGGAGAAGUACGACGGGAGGAAAGCAGACGUGUGGAGCUGCGGGGUCAUCCUCUUUGCACUUUUAGUGGGCGCCCUGCCAUUUGACGAUGACAACCUGAGAAACCUGCUGGAGAAAGUGAAGCUGGGCGUUUUCCACAUGCCCCACUUCAUCCCCCCGGACUGUCAGAACCUCCUUCGGGGCAUGAUCGAGGUGGACGCCACUAAGAGACUCACGUUAGAGCAGAUCCAGAAGCACAACUGGUACAUAGCUGGGAAGAACGAGCCUGAGCCGGAGCAGCCUGUCCCCAGGAAGGUGGCCAUCAGAACCCUGAGCACUGAAGAGAUAGACCCGGACGUCCUGGAGAGCAUGCACUCUCUGGGUUGCUUCAGAGACAAGGGCAAACUCACCAAAGACCUGCUCUCUGACGAUGAUAACCAGGAGAAGAUGAUCUACUUCCUGCUGCUGGACCGGAAGGAGAGGUACCCCAGUCAGGAGGACCAGAACCUCCCCCCGCGCAGUGAGAUUGAGUUCCGCCUUAACCAUAACGGGGUAGGGGGGACCAACCGCGUGCACCCACACCCGCUUCCAAACUCCUACACGCCAAAGAUGGGGUCCCCCCUGAUGCACCCCCGCACACAGACCCUCCCCGCCAAGCCCAAAGUGUCUGAGAAGCCCCUUCAGACCACCAGUCGGAGCCCACCUCCCCCUCCUCACCUCUGGGCAGCCCCCCCNCCUCUGGGCAGCCCCCCCUACGUCCCCAACAGCCCGCGGCCACGCCGCCACCCGCCCCUCACCGUGCCCCCCAAGCUCUCCAUCCCCCUGUCGCCGGUGCCACCCAUGUCCCCCCUCCGCCGGCACCGCCUCCACCCUGACCACAACGGUCACAAAUCUGUCCCCACCAUACAGGUGACUCCCCACCCCUCUCCGCGGGGGAGCCCCCUCCCUACCCCCAAGGGCACUCCGGUGCACACGCCCAAGGAGAGCCCGGCGGGCACCCCUAGCCCCACGCCGCCCCCCAGCCCCUCCAUCGGCGGGUUGCCCUGGAGGACGCGUCUCAACUCCAUCAAGAAUAGCUUCCUGGGCUCGCCGCGCUUCCAUCGCAGGAAAAUGCAAGUUCCCACCCAGGAGGACAUGUCCAGCCUCACGCCAGACUCUUCACCAGAGCUUGCCAAGAAGUCGUGGUUUGGUAACUUCAUCAACAUGGAGAAAGAGGAGCAGAUCUUUGUGGUGAUCAGAGACAAGCCUCUCAGCUCCAUCAAAGCAGACAUCGUUCACGCCUUCCUCUCUAUCCCCAGUCUGAGCCACAGUGUGAUCAGUCAGACAAGUUUCCGGGCGGAGUAUAAGUCUACAGCCGGCCCUACAGUGUUUCAGAAGCCGGUCAAGUUCCAGGUGGACAUCACCUAUACAGAGAGCACCGCCGCCACCAAAGAGAACGGCAUCUAUUCGGUCACCUUCACCCUGCUCUCAGGUCCCAGCCGCCGUUUCAAGCGUGUGGUUGAGACCAUUCAGGCUCAACUGAUGAGCUCACAUGACCAGCCCGGGGUUCAGCAGAUCUCUGGCAGCCCGUUGAGUAACUUCUUUGACGUAAUUAAACAGCUUUUUUCAGACGAGAAGAACAGCCAGGCGUCGCACAACCCCCCUGGCACACCCGGCACACCUAGCCCCGCCCCUGCCAAGCAUGCCCCCGGCAGCAGGCGAAACGAGCCAUGUCCCCCGCCCACUCAGCCCACUGACUCUAAAUGCCCCCCGCUUCUGGGCAAAGACAAACAAACAAAGAUGGCCGCCACCAGCCGGACUGGGGAACAACCUUAAGACCGGAGAGAAGUAGCUAGCUCUCUGUUGCAUGACUAGAUAAUAACCACCUGUUAUCAGGUCAUUCAAAACCCAAUACAAAACCCACAAGAGUGUGUGAGAGAUGAGAAAUGAAAUGAGAGAUGCUGCUGGUUUCUUUGCUUUAGUCAGUAGGCUUAGUGUGUUUGUGUCUCGAAAAAAUUCAACUUUUGGUUAUCACAGGGAGAAACUUUUGUACUGUAUAAUAAUGGAAUGACUCCUCUUUGAGUUUAGCAAUCGAUCAUUGAUCAGUAUUUUCACGAUAACAAGUACCACGUGUAGCCAUGUUUCUUUUCUGUUCCUCUACCCCCUCGUCCCUUUCCCACGCCGUGGGAUGUGUUGGUGUGCGUGUGUGUGUGUCUGCUCUGUGAUGAUGGCUUGACCUUGUCUCUACCACCAGGGAUCAUCACUAAAACCUAUUAGAGAAACAAGAUGGAGGACAGUGUGUGUCCCAACCUGGGGCACUUUGUCAACAACGGGAGUAAGUGAGCCAGAGACGGAGGACAAGAGAAAGACUUCACAUACUUCACACUGCUGUCCCCCUCCUCCCCAUGCACCUCUCCUUCUUUCCACCUGCACACACACACACACACACACACACACACUUAGACUAAACAUUAGAGUACUAGAGACUCUCUCAUCAUCGUGACAGACACCCAGAGACAUAUUAGCCGAAGAGUUGGAGAAAAGCCUUAAAAAGACAAUGAUGUUUGUCAAACCUAUACUACACGCAUCCUCUCUCCUCCUUUCUCUCCUCAUUGUCUAUCCUCCUACACACAUACACACUGGGGGGAUGUAUAGACUUGUGCACAAAGACGAAUGGAAGUAGAACCACUGGCUCCUAUGAAAGUUGGAGAGAGGAGGCGCGACUCUUGGACGUUGGAUGGACGUUGGCUGAACGUUGGCUAAACUUUGGCUGGAUUGUAAUUCUUUUUAAUGUAGUCCUUCUUUGUGAGCUACAGCAUUUUAACACUUUAGACGUAUUCAGACUCUGUGUCAUUGCUGUAAAUGAAAUGAAAUUGAGUUAAUUGACUUUGGGUGGGCAAUGGGGAGGGAGGGUACACAAAUGAAUGAUCUAUUCUGUUGUACAGACUAACUACAGUAUGUUCCCAUAUGUACACCGUUUGUGUAGUUGUGACAUUAUGUUAAGCUAAGAACGUAUCGCUAUCUUCUGUGUUUUCUACUUUUUGGACGUGUUUUAUCGAUUAAAUGUUGUAGGGAUGAAUAAUUUCAGGGUUUAAUUUUCUUCCAUUUUGUCUUGUUCAUGUUCCUUUGAAAUAUCUGCAGGAUUCAGACAAUAGUGGACAUAAUUAUUGUGUAUAUUUGUGUACCUUAUUGUAUUUUUUUUUGUCAUGUUUGUUUUAAUUUAUUCUGGGUUAUUUAUAUAAAUGAUGUAGAAAAUGUAUCAGAUAAUUUAAGGAUUGUUUUUGUCAUGUUUUAAUUUAUUGAUCGUUGAUCAUUCUCUAAAUGUUUUUGUGAACAUUCAUUCUUUCCCAGCUUCGAUGAGAAAGCUUGUAAUAUAUACAUUUGGAAAAUGAUUUACGGUAAUUUAAGAAUGUAGACUAGUCUCUUUGAGAGGAAUGAGCCAGCCCUCUGUUGAUAAUAACUGUGCGUUCCUCCUCGUUGUGUGAUAACAACAUCAAAGACAUCACUCCAGCCACUCGCCUUGUAAAUACAAAACAAUUUGCUGACAAACUUAUUUAAAAACAAAAAAAACGGGAUUCCUACUCUUAGCUUUUACCUUGUAAUGUCGUUUGCAUGUCCAACAUUUGUCUUUUCUUUGCAUGUAGUUGUUGGAAUUGUUCUGUCCCUUUUUCCCCCUUCUUUCUUUCUUUCUUUCUUUCGUUCUUUCUUUCUUUCCUGUCUCUUAAUUUGUUUCUCUUAUUUU